AUGGCAGAUCUCUUCUGGUCGUGUGAGGAAGAACAAGGGCCAGAACCACCGAGGAACAUGGGAGAAUCCAAACACAGUGACAAGGAUGCUGAUACUGAGCUGAUCUUUGUUGGAGUAGAAGACCAUGUAAAUGAAGAUGAUGAUAUUCUCUUUGUCAGAGUGAUUUCCAAAUCAAAACCAGUCAUUUCAAACAUUUUGAAUAGAGUGGCCCCAGAUUCAUAUUCAAAAAAAAAGAAAAGCUGCUUGAGUCAAGAUCCUGCUUGCACAUUACAACCUGCAAAUUACAUGACCCCUACAUCAAAAGCAGUGGCCAUCUUCCCAGCUUCUCAAUCUGAAAGGGGAGCAAGAGCUAGUCCUAUUAUUUUUGAGCCUUCAUCUAAAGCUGAUUAUAAAACAAGCUCAUCACAAGUUGUGCCUGACAGUUCUUCAGAUUUGCUCUCUCCAUGGUCUAAGGGUCUACUUGGAACUGUGCUUUCUGUAGGAGGCAAGGAUAAAAGUCCUCGUGAUUUAAAGCGACUUUCUGCUUUGGAUACAAAUAGUGGAAAUCCCAAAAGACCUAAACUUAGUGAUGGAAUCCCAGGGGGACAUUCUUCAGCUGUGGCCCCUUCAGGGGUCUCUCCUAUAGUAAACACGAGUACCCCCUCACAAGAUGUCCCUUCUUCACUGAACCCUGUUCAGAAUGGAACAUCAUUUCCUUGGUCUUAUGCAAAUGACAAGGCACAUUUCAAUCUUAUGGAUCCAGACAGAGCAAAUAGUUUGGAACGGCUGGAAAAAACAGACUUUCUGUGUCUAGCAAGUCAAAACAAAUCUGUUGAUCCCAAAAAAGAAAAUCUGGCUGUGUUACUUCAUGACUUUUACUACGGACAGUAUAAAGGAGAUGGGCAGCCAGAACAGAAGACGCACACAGUCUUUAAAUGCCUCAGCUGCUUCAAAAUUCUAAAAAAUGUCAAGUUUAUGAGCCACGUGAAGCACCAUUUGGAACUGGAGAAACAGAGGGGUGACAGUUGGGAAAUCCACACCACCUGCCAACACUGCCACCGGAAGUUUCCCACUCCAUUUCUGCUGCAGUGUCACAUUGAAAGUGUACACACGUCCCAGGAGCCCUCUGCUGUCUGUAAAAUUUGUGAAUUGUCAUUUGAAACAGAGCAGGUUCUCUUACAGCACAUGAAGGACAAUCAUAAGCCUGGGGAAAUGCCCUAUGUGUGCCAGGUUUGCAAUUACAGAUCGUCUGCCUUUGCUGAUGUGGAAACACAUUUCAGGACAUGCCAUGAAAACACAAAGAAUUUGCUUUGUCCAUUUUGUCUCAAAAUUUUCAAAACUGCAAAAUCCUAUAUGAAUCAUUGCUGGAGGCAUUGGAACAAAAGAGUCUUCCAGUGUUCCAAGUGCCGGCUACAGUUUUUGACUUUUAAGGGGGAAAUGGAGCACCAAACCAAGAAUCAUCAAACAUUUAAAAAGCCAGAGCAAUUGGAAGGAUGGUCUCCUGAAACAAAGGUUGUUAUUCAAGUUUCAGUUCAACCAGGAUCCAGAGGUGUAGCAUCCAUUAUUAUGAACAACAUUGAUCCUCAACUGUCACCUCUUAAAACUAAAAGGAGGGUGACUAUGAACUCUUAAGUAUU